CCUCACUGUCCUGUGCUGUCGUCCCGGACCCGGACCGUCCCGGACCGGACCUGUCCUCGAUGUUCGGCACGCCAGCGGCCCGACCUCCGCGCCGCAAAGUCCUCUGGGUCGGCUUCUCUCCAACCGCCAACACGCCGCCCGAGCUCUGCAUCACGCCGCCGUCGGCCUGGCUCUCUGGUGGACGGAUGUCGCCCUCGUCGUCGCCCACAUCGCCUCGCAAUCCUCGAGCCCUGCGCAUCUCGCACCCGCGCCUCGCCCUCGCGAUGCUCGCCUCCUGCUCCGUCCUGCUCCUCCUCAUGGUGGCGACGACCUCCUCAGGCAAGCCGCGGCAGCUCCUCCAGAGGGAAGGCCUCCUCUUUGGACGGACGCCGAUGGCCGGCGGCCUUUCCGCCAUGCUCUAUGGAGAUGGCAUCGCGGUGGAGAUCCCGGACCCACGUUCUCCAGCGGCUGCUGCGCCCGCCGUGGCUCCGUCACGGCCAGACGGCUCUCCGGCGUCAAAGGCUGCGCCAGCCGCGGCCCCGUCGCGGCCAAUCCGCGCCGCAGCUCCGGCUCCGCUGUCGCCGGUGGCGGAGGCUGCGGCGCCGGUCCCAGCCGCGUCGCCAUCGCGGCCCAAAAGUAGCUCCAGCUCCAGCCUUACGGCCGAAAGCAGACCCGUCCGUACAGAGGCCGCAGCGCCGAGCCCCGCCUCUGGCCUCUCCCGGCCGGUCAGUCGCCUCGUCAACGUGACGUUUGCCUUUGCUCGCACGCCCCUGCUGGGCGGCUCCGCCGAGCUCUUCUGGCUGAGCGACAACGCCACCGAGCGCUGGUACGCCUCGCUGCCGGCCGGGGUCGAGGGAGGCACGCUCUCGGUGCAAGCCUCGGCCGGUGCGCGCUACCGCGUCGUCGAGGGCGGGAGCGGCAAGACGAUCGCCCGGCAGACGGCGUCUCACGAGGCGCCGGCAGCACGCAGGACGGGGUUCCGCCCCGUCGUGCUCCGCUUCAGCGUGCAGCCGUCCCGCUUCCACGUCGGGGGCGAGGCCGGAGGCAGGCUCUCCCUCUACUGGAGCUGGGCGGGCGAGGGCGGGAGCGGGUACGUAGAUGCGGCAGCACAGCGUGCCCAUGGCGUUUCGACGGGGCACGUGCCAACCACGUACCAACCACGCACUCGAGCCGCGGUUGCAUCCGUCGCCCUCGUCGUCACGCGGAGCAUCGCGACGAUGUCCGGUGAGCGCUGGAUCGUGCGAGACGCAGCCGGCCGGCAGGUGCGCGCCGUCGUCGCUGCGGACGCGCCGGCGGAGCAGGCGGUCGUGCUGGACGCGAGGUGGGCGGUUUGGCAUUGACGGCGGCGUGCGCGGCCCAAGAGCGAAGGCGGCAGGACGACUCGCAUAUUUGACUCACUGCAUGUGCUGAGGGAGGAGCUAGGGCGCGACCACGGCGAGAGCGCGAGGGCGCAGUGCCAGUGGAUACCGCGCCAGCCGGGCCCCGUGUCGCCCCUGGCCGCGAGGAGAGAGGAAGGUGUACGUUGACUGUUGUGUGUAUGCCGCUCCAUGAUGCUCGGAUAUUAUGCUCGUACUGUGUAUUGUGUGGCAUGUGCGUGGCGCGUGUCUAAG